UUCUUGGUUACCGUGUUGCAGUUGAAACAAACAAAAACAAACUAACGUUACAGUUAGGCUACUUCAUUGAUGAAAUGUGAAUCCUAAUUGAUCAAGUGAUGUAUUUUGGUGGGAAAGUACUUUCGCCAUAAAUAGACUGCCGAAGAUGGAGUUCUUCUCUUUUUUUUAGUAUAGAAUGCUAACUCACCCAAGAGCAUUGAAAGCUACCUCUUUGUCAUCAGAUGGAUAUAACGAGGGGCAGCUUGGAAGAUAUUUCCCGUCCUGCCUCGAGUGAUCGUACCCGUAUUGGAAGUCGUGUAUCAACAGCAUCUUUAGGCGAAGGUGGCAGAAUUAUCCGUGCAAGUCCCACGUCCCUGGAAGUACUUAGUUCUUAUACCAUAGAAGAACAGGUUCACACAAUGGUCUUUGAAGCUAAAAGCUUUGCAGAAAACAUUUCUGAUGAAGAUGCCCCAGGUGACCUUCUCCCUUCAGAGACGUCUCAGACAGACGGUUCGGAUGAAGAGAAUGAUGAUCCAGAGUUGCAGAAGGCUAUUAAGAAGAUGAAGAGACUGGACAAAAUCCUAGCCCAGAAGGUCUCCAAAGAAAAGGAAGUGAAAAAGAAAGGGCGAGAGCUUUCUCAAAAACUAUGGCGGGAGCUGCAGGAACUCCCAACAAAAGGUGGGCGCAAGGAUGUUAUUGAAAACACAAAGUUAUUUUUGGCCCUGACAUCCUCUACAUCCAAUGAAUCCAAUGUUGAGCUGGACGUUGUUCCCGUCUUUAGGACUCAGAUUCCUGAAAAAGAGUAUCCCAGUCAGAAAUGUGUGGAAGGUGAGUGUAAGAAGAGUGACUCAGCAACAGAGCCAUCUGAAGUGGAUGAGGAGCAGGACAAAGAGGGCAAAGCAGACAGCAGCAGACAGACGGGGGACGCCACAGGCAAGCAGGCACAGAACUUUGUGACAAAAAACAUUGAGCUGGCAAGCUCUGGCCACCACGUGCCCAUGACACUGGACGAGAAGCAGAGGCUCUGUGAACUGCUCCAGGACAUCGACAACGAGAGCGAAGACCACUGCAGCACUGUUGCCGACCACGAGGGGACGGCAUCUAUGUGUACCAUGUCAAUCCGACUGGGCGAGGGCUACACUCCGGAACCUUCUGAACUGGAUCAGCUCGUCCAAAUUGAUUCCAGACUGCACACCUUGCUCCCUCGCGAAGACUUCCUGUCUGUGCGAAGCCCCUACCCUGACCACAACUUGCCCCAGGUCAUGGAGGUGGGGCUGUCGUUGGCGGCGGAGGAAACUCCUCUCGGGGAGAGGGCCCUGCGGGCCAUGAGGGAGACCAGAGAGCAGGAGGCGCGUCUGAGGGACAUCCAGCAACAGCUGGACGCCAUGGAGCGCAGCCAGACUGAGAGUAUGGAGCUGCCCAGGCUGGCGGAGGAACAGCUGCACAGCCUGUUGCUGGAAUGUGAGCUGGCCCUGAGCAGGACGCAGAGUCUGGGUACACACCGUCCGUCGUCCCGGGGAUCGUCCGGCGCCGCCUCGGAGGUGGUGGGUGACUGGUUGCCCUCGCUUCCUUGCACACCCCGACUCUCUAGCGCCGCCCUGUCGGAGCUGCUCAGGGAGUUUGGGGUCACCUCGGCGUCAGACACCCCCGUGGACACCACUAUGCUCACCGAAGAGGAAGAAGGAAGAUGAGAGCCAGUGUGUGUGACGCUCCCUGGAAUGUGCCUGGGAUAUGUUAGAACGAAUGUUACACUUAAAUCUUUUAACUAGUUCUGUAAAGAAGAAGAAAAGAAAGCAUGUUUAAAAUGCACCAAGACUAAUAUACUAGAACAAAGUACAGAGAAGUGAUAGACCCUACAAACUUCAUACACGCGUUCAGAAAUCAAAUUGACAUUCUGUGGACCAUUCACUACUUUCAAAACAUCACCAUUUGAGCUACUGUGUUCUGCAGACCUGUCACCUCUUGCAGAAACAUGUCUAAGGUCAGGUUUAAAGAUCCGAUUUUAGCUACCCAAAUAUUUACACACCUUACAAAUAUGGUAUCGGGAACUAUUAGCAACUGAUGGAGACAUUCCAGGGAAUACAUCUUCAAGCAUAGGGUGAUGGGAUCUGGGGGCCUAGCUGAAACACUUAGCUGCAGCAGGGAGUCAGUUGUUGAAAAAGAGCAUUCCACAGGUUCCAUUGCCCCAAAGGCACGGCUGAAAUCGGCCAUAGCCCAUUAAAUUAUAAGUCAAGUUUUAGUGUCAUUUUUUCUUAUCUUUCCAAUGUGUCACUUUUAGAUUAAAAAUGUGUCAUUUUUAGAUUAAAAAUGAUUUUGUAAAAACUCAAA